AUGUCUUCUAUUGUCUUUGUAACCGGUGCGACAGGGAGACAGGGCUCUGCAGUUGCCAGGCAACUCGUCGACAUAGGCUGGACUGCACGCGCCACAGCUCGUAACAUGGAGUCCCCCAACGCAAAGGAGCUCCAAAGCAUGGGCGUCGAAGUAUUUCCUGGCGACUGGGAAAACGAGGAAACUCUUAAGAAAGCCAUAGACGGAUGCACCCAUGUCUUUCUGAAUGUGGUACCCAACCUUGCAACCUUCACAUCCGAAGUCCCCCACGCUAAGCGAAUCCUCGAUAUCGCGAAGCAAACUGGCGUUAAACACGUCAUCUACUCCAGUGGCAUGGCCAUAAAAGAUCUUGAAAAGGGACAAUACCACGAUCCGAAUCAUCCGGUUUGCCGGGGACAUGGCUGGAAACGCGACAUUGAGAAUCUCGUCCAAGAAGCUGGAUUUGAUGCUUGGACAAUUCUUCGACCUGGGUUCUUUAUGUGCAAUUUCCUUGAACCAAAGGUCAAUAUGAUGUAUCCCGAUCUUGUACGCGACGGCGUUUUGAAGACAGCCUAUACACCCGAAACACGCCUCCCACAGGUGGAUGUGGAGGAUAUCGCCAAGUUUGCCGUAGCUGCAUUCCGUGAGCCAGAGCGUUUCAACAGGCAGUUUGUACCGAUUGCAAGCGAAAAGCUAUCCCUUGCUGAGAUCACAAGUCAGCUAGGGGAAGCGACUGGGAGGUCUUUCAGAACCACGUUUUUAGCCAAGGAGGAAAUUGAAGAGAAGAUGGCGACGGACUUUUUUGUUGCCAUACAGGUCAUGGCCCGAGACUUGGAGAGCAAGGUCGAUAUUGAGGAUGUUCAGAGAUGGGGAAUUCCUUUGACUUUGUUUACUGAUUUCCUGAAAAGGGAGGAUUCCUGGGUUCAAAGUACAUACAACUGA